AACUCCUCAUGUGUACGACCUUAUAUAAGCAAGCAUCUGUUGCAGUUGUGAGCAUGGAUCACUCUUUCCGAUCUCCUUGACGCAAGAACCACUUUUUAGCGCUCGGGAUCAUCCGCAUUCGCCUGGACAAAGGCCAUCUAUUGACAGACUCCUAGAAGUGAUAGCUUGAGUAGCUGAUCGACCGCAGCGAGGCACUCACCCUCUUGUUCUGAACCUAGCGACUUCUCGAACUCCAAAUUCACAGCCACAGCAUGGAUAGAACUAAUGGGACGUGGACUCUGGGCGUGUUUCUCUGUGCCCUGUGUAUCCUUUCCUCAGGACUGUGGACCCCUGCGAGCGCCAUGAAGAUGAAGAUGAAGGCCGUGAAUUUCACGUACUACCUGCACGACGACUUCGUGCCGCCCAACGUUACGGCUGUAGCAGUGGCCGGCGCCAACGCCACUCUCACGGGCCCAUUUCAACUCGGCGAUAUCAUCGUCUUCGACAGCGUUAUCAGAAAGACAGCUUCCAAUGCUUCAGCUCAGAUCGGGCACCACUCCGGCGUUUUAGUCUCACUCAACGAUCCAAGCAAGAAGUUCAUUUCUUUCGCGCUGGACAUCACGAUUCACGGCUACUCCGGAACCAUGUCAGGCUCUGCCAGGAUCGACUUCACCGCGCCGUCUUGGGAGGAGGCCGUCAGCUCUGGCACGGGCUCCUUCAGAGGAGUGUCAGGCUACUUGACAGUCAGCGCAGUGUCUCUCAACUCAGCUUUUCCCGUUCUCAAGUACGAAGCAAAUCUCAUGCUUCCACAUCAGUCUUACUGACUCCAUCACUCGCAAGGCGUCAAACUCAGACGCCUCCCAGUUGGCUGUUAGAUGUUUGGAUUCUAGUUCCGUGUCACCGAAAGUCCCCCCCAUAACUAAAUCGUCCGUGUGUGUAGUGUGUGAGAAACCGUUGGAUUUAUCAUGUCCUUACGACAGUUCAUUAUUACGAUGAUCGUGCCUCUUGUAUACACACCCAACUUAUUCGCCUCACUGAUCUCCAUGAGAACACAGCCGGAAGAUCCUCCACUUCCACAUUCCUCGUCCUGCUGCAAUGUUACAGUUACCCGGUCAAUAGGCUGAGUUAAUCUGCGGUGGUACUGAUCGAUGCCUCGACACCAGUACACUCGAAGGGUAUACUUUUUAUCGUCAUCUCUCCCUAUGUCAGUUUAGGUAACGCAA